GAUCCCAGCCCUUUUCUGGGCGGCGCCAACCGGGGGGCGGCUUCUCUUCCUCUUUAAGGCACCGGCGCCCGGGCGCCCCGGCCUCUUCUUACGCCCGAGGGACGAUUGAAGCCUCCUCGCGAAGCGCGCAGGGCCAGAGCCAGAGGCGGAGCGGAGGCGAGGCGGUUUCCCCCGACUGGGUGCCCUCCUCCGGCAGCAUGGAGACGUUGCGAGGGGCUGCGGGCGUGCGACUCCUCCUGGCCGCGCUCUUCCUUCUCCUCCAGCAACUGCGCUUGGGCGCCGGCAUCGCCUGUCCCUGUCAGGAUCCCGCGCUCUGCACCCCCAUCUCCGGCACCAGGGAGUUCGAGGUAUUAGUAUUCGAUAUUGGUGGGUCAACCUGGAGGUUUUAUAACUGGACACACAUUACAACCGUUGCAACUUUUGGAAAAUAUGAUCCUGAGCUUAUGUGUUAUGCACACUCAAGAGGAGCUAGAGUCGUUUUAAAAGGAGAUGUUCUUGUCACAAAAAUUGUUGAUCCUGCCUUCAGAGCAGCCUGGAUAAAACAACAGGUGGACCUGGCAAAAAAACAGUACAUGGAUGGAAUCAAUAUAGACAUUGAGCAAGAGGUUGCCCGGUCUUCACCAGAAUAUGAUGCCUUAACAGCUUUGGUUAAAGAAACAACAGAAGCUUUUCACAAAGCAAUUCCUGGAUCUCAGGUAACUUUUGAUAUAGCCUGGUCUCCCCACUGCAUAGACAAAAGAUGUUACAACUACACUGGGAUUGCUGAAUCUUGUGAUUUCGUGUUUGUGAUGUCAUAUGAUGAACAGAGUCAAGUCUGGUCAGACUGCAUAGCAAGAGCCAAUGCUCCAUACAACCAAACCAUAGCUGCAUAUGAACAGUACAUCCGCAUGGGCAUUGAUCCGAAGAAGAUUGUGAUGGGUGUCCCAUGGUACGGCUAUGAUUACACCUGCCUAAGCUUAUCUGAGGAUCAUGUGUGUUCCAUAGCAAAAGUCCCUUUCCGAGGGGCUCCAUGCAGUGAUGCAGCAGGGCGCCAGGUCCCCUAUAAACUCAUCAUGGAUCAGGUAGAUACCUCUCUUUCUGGGAUCCUGUGGGAUGAGGAAUAUGAAGCACCAUAUUUGGAAUACAAAGCUCCAAAUGGCGCUUUCCAUCAAGUGUGGUUUGAUAAUCCUAAAAGCAUUUCUCUGAAGGCAGAUUACGUGACAGAAGCUGGCCUAAGAGGCAUCGGUAUGUGGAAUGGCGAUUGCCUUAACUAUUCUGGAGGCUCUGUAGCCGAAUACCAAACAGAAGCAAUGUGGGAAGCCUUGACACCAGAGGGACCAUAAGAGACUAUCCAUAGUAUGCCACAUAAAACUUAUAUGUAGUAUUCUUUCCUUUUUUUAAAAAUGUAUUUUGAUAAUUUUAAUCCAUUCUUUUCAAUGAUUGCAUUAUGGGCAGAAGGGUGAAGUACAAACAAAUGAAUAAG